GUCAGAAGGCCGCGCAAGUGCACUUGCGUCUCACCGUUACCAUAGCGACUGGGCCUCUGGACUGCAGAUCCUAACUGCCUUGUCAACAUCUUUGAGCAUCUGCAGCUCCGGAGGCCGGGGUAACUGGCGGCAGGUAGGAAACUAUGUGAAAGAAUCUCCUGAUGUCAUAAUUUCUGGGUGUCACUGGAACAUUUGAUCAUCAUUCCUUUGGCAGUUCCAGCCUUCUAUGGAAGGCCAGUAGAAGGCAUUGAUUUAUUCACCUCUACAGGAAUCGGACUCAGCCUCUUUUGGUUUUCAGUGAAUUAUGCCUUUUCGAUUUGGAACCCAGCCAAGGAGGUUUCCAGUGGAAGGAGGAGACUCUUCAAUUGGGCUGGAACCGGGGCUGAGCUCCAGUGCUGCCUGUAAUGGGAAGGAGAUGUCGCCAACCAGGCAACUCCGGAGGUGCCCUGGAAGUCAUUGCCUGACAAUAACUGAUGUUCCUAUCACUGUCUAUGCAGCAAUGAGAAAGCCACCUGCACAAAGCAGCAAGGAAAUGCAUCCUAAAUAGCACCAUUAAGUCUUUUGUCAAGGUCUGACUAGGUCAAGGGUAAUGGACCAGUAUCAUCUGCUGAUCUGGUAAACAAAUAAAAGUGGUGGCACCUUUAGAUGAUGACAACAGUUGAACUAUUUACUUUUAGUAAGACAGACAGAAAUAUCAGUAAAGCACACGUAGUGUUAGGCUAUCAGUUGUGUCUGAUACGUAAGACAGAAUAAUAUUUCACAAUUAGAAAAUACCUUAGAGAUCAUCUUGCUCACGGCAGAUCAUUAACAUCAAUAAUUAAAGAUGAAGCUUAAUCUACCUCGGUCAUCAGUCAGGUGGGGCUUAUUCUAAAUGCUUAAUGUGUCUUAGGCUCAUUUCCUUGUUCAUAUUUGGGUUGCUACUUGGCUAAAUCCUUUCACCUUAGUACCCCAAGCCAGUUUCCUGGCUUGAUAUUAUUAGAUAAUGCUCUGCUCAGGAAUAAUUAUGUUGGAUGAGAAAUGGAGCCCUGGGGUUGUGUGUUUUGGAAGAGUAUUCAAGAUCAAAGAAAGUUCUUAGUCCAUGGUUAAUCUGCAAGGCAUUUAAACUACUUCCAUAGAGGAGCCCAGAUUGUUGGUUAAAUGUAUUGAUAAUGAAGUCAAAGCUAUGGUUCUAACCCCGAUUUUUCCAAGAAAAAUGAUGUCCGGUUAUCAUAUUGUAUCCCAAGUGCUAACCAGUUAUCUUGAUAAAUUGUUUAUAGUAGGUUUUGAGAAACCUCAUGUGGAUUUUUAAAUUUGGUUAGAUGUAGGAUCACUUUUGAGGUUGAGGCCAGCUCUCUAUGUUCUCUUUUUCUUCUUGCAGUAGUCCCCAGAAACUCAGUGUGGUUUCCUUUUCUCUCGAUGGCUGUCAGCAUCCAUCUAAUGAAAUUGUAGUCUCCAAAAGACUGACUUUAGGAUCAGAUACAAUUUUCACCAGUGUUUUUUGUCUACCUUGCCGCUUCUGAAAACAUACAUGUAAGCCUUUAAAAAUGAGAAGCUUAUUAACUUAUAAUUAAAGAGACAUAGAUGCAUAUGUGUUACAUUAGGUGAAAAAGAAAAACUGCCGGGGAGUUAUAAGAUGAAAAACUCUCAGAGCUCACACCAAGCUGGGAGAUGUUUGAAUGCCAACUGGUUAAAAUGGAAAGAUCUUGAACAUGUGGGGCAUUGAGUAGAGACUCAGAAAAGUCAUACUUUCAUGGGAGAUCCAAACUGGAGCUAAACUAAAGGCUCAUGUAUACCAACUUUAAGAAAGCUUAAAAAUAAUCCUUGAGAGACUCAAGAUGAUUUCUAAGUAACCUCAUUUUGUCUGCCAAAUAAAAUGGAACAUUCCUUAAAGGAAGAAAACAAAAUUGAGGCAGAAAAUUGCCUGAAGCUGGAGAAAGAAUGACAGGAGAAAGUAGUGAUGAAAAAUUCCUCAGAGGGCUGGGCUUGGUGGCUCACGCCUGUAAUCCUGGCGCUUUGGGAGGCCAAGGCAGAUGGGUCAUCUGAGGUCAGGCAUUUGAGGCCAGCCUGGCCAACAUGGUGAAACCCCAACUCUACUAAAAAUACAAAAAUUAGCCAGGUAUGGUGGCAGGUGCCUGUAAUCCCAGCUACUUGGGAGACUGAGGCAGGAAAAUUGCUUGAAUCUGAGAGGUGGAGGUUGCAGUGAGCUGAUAUUGCACCACUGUGCUCCAGCCUAAGCAACAGAAUGAGAAAAAAAAAAAAAAAAAAAAAGAAAAGAAAAAAAGAAAAAUUCCUCAGAGCUCAUACAAGGCUGGGAAGAAUAUGUGUUUCAACAAUAGUGGAUCUUUUAAUAUAGUACAUGGAUCAUUCAGUAGAGUCUUCAGCAAGACAUUUCCAAAGUAGGGUUAAAGUUAGGUUAUGGAGAUGGGAAUAGACUGAAGACUACUCUGGACUUUCCUUAACAGAGUUUAAGAGCAACAUUUGAAAGAAUCAAACUGAUUUCAAGUAACUUAACUGCAUCCAAGGGGAGACAACCCCUCAGAAUAAAAAUAAAAACUACAAUAAAAUCCA